GGUCAAAUUGUGCUUGUCAUCUGCUGAAAAAAGGAAUUUAUUUUAACCUUAAUAAUAAUGGCUUUAGCUGAAAUUGCUGGCGUUGCAAACGCUCCAUAUAUGCAAACAAACAAUAAUUCGUUGGGUUUGAUGGAACAGGCAUAUAACCUUAGUAAUCCCUAUUGUCUUUUAGCACCACCGUCUAAAGGCCCUGUCGAUAUUAAAGCAAUGCAUGCUGCAGGUGCCAAAACUGGCAUAAAAAUUGAUUAUGACCACGGUACCACCACCUUGGGAUUCAAAUACAAGGGCGGUGUUAUUUUGGCAGUCGAUUCUCGCGCAACAGGCGGCCAAUUUAUUGGUUCACAGGAAAUGAAAAAGAUUGUAGAAAUUAAUAAAUAUUUGCUGGGUACAUUAGCUGGCGGUGCUGCCGACUGUGUUUAUUGGGAUCGCGUACUUUCGAAGGAGUGUCGUUUGCAUGAGUUGCGAAAUAAAAAACACAUCUCGGUUGCUGCGGCAAGCAAAAUCAUGGCGAACAUUGCACACGAAUACAAAGGAAUGGGGUUGAGCAUGGGCAUGAUGUUGGCCGGUUAUGAUGAUAAAGGUGCCGGUCUCUACUAUGUCGAUUCGGAAGGAUCACGUUCACCGGGUAAUGUAUUUUCCGUUGGAAGUGGUUCGAUAUUUGCAUACGGUGUUCUCGAUUCUGGUUAUAAGUAUGAGCUGGAAGAUGAAGAGGCAUACGAUUUAGGUCGCCGUGCGAUUUACCAUGCCACAUUCAGGGAUGCUUAUUCUGGCGGUAUUGUUCGCGUGUACCAUUUGAAAGAGGAUGGUUGGAUUAAAAUAUCGGAAGAUGAUUGCAAAGAACUACAUUAUAAAUAUGCAGCGGAGAAAAAUAACUAAAUUUAAAUCUUUGUAAAUUAUAUAGAAAUACAAUAAACAUACUAAAAUACACAUUUUACAAACCGGAA